GUGUCAGCUCUCAGGAUGAUACAAAGACAUCUCCUCCAAGCCAAGGAAAGAUUGAGCAGAUCGUCACGACUGCAGGCACCACCAAGAAGCAAGAGAUCUCCCCUACAAGCAAACCAGGAAACACACCAUCCACCCCUAAGUCAUCACCCUCCCCGGUUCAAGGGACCACUACUGCAAGCAAGCCAGGAAACCCAGCGCCUGUCUCUGUGAUACCAUCCACCACAGCUCAAAGGAUCACCCCUACAAGCAAGCCAGGAAACCCACCAUUCUCCUCUGUGAUGACAACCACCACUGUUCAAAUGACCACCAGUCAAAUGACCACCAGAAACAAGCCAGGAAACCCACCAGUCUCCCCUACAAUGUCACCCCAACCAUCACAGCAGGUCAGCCCUUCAACCAGCUCCAGGACCUCAGCAGCCAUCCCUGCUGCCACCUCCAGUGUCACACAGGAGAAGACCAGCCCUCCAGCCAGCUUGGGAACCCCAGCAGCCACCACUACUGCAAGUCCUGUCCUCACACACGUGAGCAGCCCUCCAGCCUCCCCAGGGAGUACAGGGAGUGCUGUCGCAUCCUCUCCCGCUGUGAAAGCUCAGGGAAGCCAGCCUUCAGUCCAGUUGACCACUACCAUUGCAAGCACCGGGGUCCCAGGGAGCAUCCUUCCCCCUGAACACAAGGACUAUGGUGUCCCUUCUUCCACAGCUGUCACCAAGCAGCCUCACUCUUCUGCCAGUUCUCCAGGCCAGGGACUGGCCUCUUCCACCAAACCUGGAAGCAUCAACACUUCUGUUCCCCCUUUUGGUGGAUCCGUGUCCCCUGCCACUAGUAAAGCAUCUGGGACUUUACCCCCUGACAGCCCCGUCAAGGUCUCAGAGGCAGCCACCACACCAGCUCCUGCAGCAGACCAGAGGAGUCAUCCACCAACCACGCCUGCAAGUACCAAGUGGAGCCCUGCCAGUGCACAGCCACCAUCCCCAUCAUCGGGGGACGAGACAGUGAGCAGCAGUCCCUGCCACCAGCACCCUAACAUUUCAUUCCAGAAUGAGGUCAUCUGUAAAGACCAAGUGCAAAAUAAUUGGCCCACCAUGUACCUGAAAGAAGCUAAAACCUGU